AUCUGCGUUUUCAUGAAAGCACGUGACUCAGGGUACCUGUUCAGUGGGAGCCGUCCUCCGUCGCAGGUGUCUCGACCUGGGGAGGUUCCUAUUGCAGGUUACUUCACUCUGCUGUCGGGGAGCUGCCCCUCCUCCCCGGCGCCCUCCGUGGCCGGCUCGGUGGCCUCCAGCUUGGGCUCUCUGCGCCACCGCAGGCCCCUCAUCAGCCCUGCCAGGCUCAACCUGAAGGGGCAGAAGCUGCUGCUGUUCCCGUCACUCGCCGGGGAGGCCCCCAACACCCCCAGCAGCUCGGACGAACACUUGCCGCCGCCAAAUGGCAGCCUCUUCCCCAUGGAGCCACCCCGUGUGCCCCAGAGGCAGCCCAUGCAGGACGCGAAGCACACUGUGGACAUGAGACUGAAGCCAGAGAGAGGCAGCGCCUGCAGCAGUCGCUCCAUCAAGAAAGAGGAUGACUCUUCCCAGUCGUCCACCUGCAUGGUGGAUACCACCACCCAAGGGUGCUCGGGAGAGGCCGCCGCCUGGACAGGUCGUUUCGGCCCCUCCCUGGUGCGGGGCCUCCUGGCUGUGAGCUUGGCUGCCAACGCCGUCUUCACCUCGGCCUACCUGUACCAGAGCCUGCGCUGACCCACCGUCAGGGAAGCUGGGAGGGCAGCGCCCGGUGCAUGCUGCUGCCACCACUGCCGGCCUCAGGCCCCUCCCCGGAGGGGCUGCCGCCUCUGCCCUGUCAUCAGGGCCCUUGACCUCACCAAACUGUGAGCUUCUGUCUGCAGGACGCCAGCUCCUCCUCACCCGCCAGACUGCAGGGCUGAGCGUGCGUCUCAGAUCGUGCUCUGCCCGCCCAUCUCCUUGGCUGAAUCGGUUGUGUUUGGUGCUGACACUCUGAUCCCGAUGCCAGGGAUCCCUCAGGGCUGCAGAGCCCUGAGGUCCCCUCCCUGUCAUCCAGCCCUGCUUGGCAGGAACUCCAGUACCACUGCACCUGCAGCAGGAACCGGCCCUACUGCCUCCUGACCCCGGGCCCAUGGGCUGUGGUCACAUCUUCGUACUGUAGUCCCCUGUCCCACCUGGACAGUCACCUCAGAGCCCCACUAAGCUGAAGGCCCUGGGGGAAAAGGGAGGCGUGAUACCUGGGUCACUGCAUUGUCACCCCUGCCUGGCAGAGAGAAAACCUCCCUUGGGCAGCCCCAUAGAGGACGGGCAACCCCUGCCCCAUCUCACCCCUUCCUGUUGGCCCCGGCUGGGUGUGCAGAUUGGGCCUGGGGUUCUCAGAGCUCCUGUGUCUCAUUAGCCAAGGGCCUAGCUGGUUCUUCAGGACCAGUACACCUGCCCUCCCCUUUCCUGCCACAUGCGCCUCUGUUUCAUGAUCUCUGGCGACCUUCCCAGGAAGUGGCCCCAUCACCGUGAGAACACAGAGCCCAGAACACAAAGGCCUCUACUUUCUGGUCCCUCCUCACAGGCUGCCACAGGGGUCCUGGCGCAGCCCCUCAGCUCAGCCUUCACAUCUCAGAUGAGACUGGACCCCUCCCCACCCCUGCUGGGCACCUGGUUCCUCUAGUCCCUGAGACCCCACUGCCCUUUCAUUUUCCUGCCCCACUCCCUGUGGUCCCUACCACUGCCCUUCUGAACCAUACUGCAGGUUGCCCCCUGCUUUCGUGCUGGGGCCCCCUCCUGCCCCCAGAGAGGGGGAAGGAGGGACUUCAGUCUGGCAGGGGGCUCCUUGCGAUGCUGAGGCACGAGGGCUUAUGUGUGCCUGUGGCUGUCAGGCCCCCGAUUCCCGCUGUGAGCACCUGCCCUGGGCCUGGACAUGGGCCGGGGGAAGCGUGUGUGUGUCUGCCUGUGUCGGAGCAUGUGCUCGUGCCACUUGGGGAGGAACUGGUGCCUCGGUGAAUCCUGAGACUUGGCAGGGGAUGGGGAGCAGGAAGAGGGGUCUUCACUAUCAUUCAGGGAUAAAGUUUGAUUUUAUUUUUCUACACAUUUUUGCCAGGUAAGGCAUUUUGCUGAUAAGCAGGAUGCCACCAAUUCUCCCUGCUAGGGAGGUUUAGUUUUUUUAAGCUUUGGGUGCUUUUUUAAUAUUUUUUUUAACAUGUGGGGAAGGAGAUUGCUCUGACUUCACCCUCCUCUUCCCCCACUCCUGUCCUGAAAGCUACUGAUGCUGUAUCCUGCCCUGCCCACCACCCCAGACGUGGCCAGCUGGGGGGCCUGGGCAGAGUCCAACUGCCAGAGAUGGUUCCAACUCGGAGGUGGUGCCCCUUGGUCCCCAUUUGUAGAAGGGGUGUAUGUGACACUUUUUAAUUUUAUUUUUUGCUUACCAAAACCAAACUCCAUUCCCAAAUUACCUUCCUCUGGCUCUGAGGCAGCUCCCAGGCAGGGGGCGCCCAGCCCCUCUCCUCCCAGCCUGGCCUCCUGCACCUGCCAGUGCUCCCAGCACCCCGCAGUGGCAGGGAAGACGCCAGGCAGGAGGGGGUUUUACUUAUGUUUGGUUUCAAACAGAAAACACAACCUUAUUUUUCUUUACAAAAGCAAAAAAGGAAACCAAAAGAGAUAACAACCUUUGACCUAUA